UCUCACUUCUAAAUUCUCCAUUUAAAAAACUUAGUAUACAAAAAAAUCCUUAUAUUUUCAUUUUUGAUUCGUAUAAACAUGACAGCCAUGAAAAGAAGAAGAGAAGAUAAUGGACAAGUGGAAGCAGAAGCUAUGGCUAAUUGCGCCUUAAUGCUUUUGUCGCGUUUAAACAAUGAUAAUAAUUUUGAAUGUAAGACUUGUAAUAAACGGUUUCCAUCUUUUCAAGCUCUUGGUGGACAUCGUGCAAGUCAUAAUAAACGAUCAAGAUUACUAGGAGAGUUUCUUGUUCAAACCAACACAAAGAAUAAGAUGCAUAAAUGUUCUAUUUGUGGUAUGGAGUUUUCUUUGGGUCAAGCAUUAGGCGGACACAUGAGGCGUCACCGUGAUGAAAUUAAUAAAAUUACACCUGAAAAAACUAUGAUUCGAAUUUUGAAGAAGUCAAAUAGCAGCACGAGGAUUAAUAUUUUUGGGUUGAACUUAAACAUGACACCUGAUGAUGAUGAUGACAAUGUUGAUGAUUUGAAGUUAUGGCCCAUGGAAGAGGCUCCAUCGCCCGUCUUGCGAAUAUUUAUUUAAGUAAAAUAGCUUAUAUCUUGUUAUUAACCUUUAAUUAGGAUUAGGAGAAUUAAUUAGCUACAUGCAGUUAUUUGUGGAAUUCUUUCUAUUCAUUUAGUCCAAAGGCAAAUUCAUAUAUAUAUAAAUAUCAUAGUUGUCAUAAUAAUCACAUUC